UGGUCUUAAUAGCAUUUUAAAACAACACAGCAACAAAGCAGGCGAAUGUUUCACCAAGACCGGUCAAAAUGACAAAACGAGAGCUCGAUUACACAUCCUCAUGAGAAAGGACAUUCUCGCCCAAACCGAUACAGGGGAAACUCGCAGGUGUCCCGCGCGCGUGGGAGUGGCCUGCCCCUUGCUAGCUUCUGCGCGCGAGACCCCGGUGAGCUCGUCGCGCCCGGACCCCACGGCGAUGUCGGCCCGGGAGAGGAGCCCCUGUUCCCACACAGCUGCGUUUGGGGUGAUACUGGUCGCAGUUCUUGGGAGCGCGCAGGGCAGGACGUGUUUUUUUGUCCGAGACCUCACCUCGACGGACGUCCGCGACGCGGACAACAUCAGCGGCCCCGUGCAGCACUGCUCCCGUUCCGAAUGCUGCGUGGGUUUCUUCGAGAUCGUCGACGGGGUCGCGCGCCCGGAGCGCCUGGGUUGCUACAAUUACAGCUUUGCGAGGUGUCCCAGGGCAAAGUGCACCUACACAUCUGUGAACGACAACUUCACAUCAUGUCUGUGCAACUCGGACUUCUGCAAUGGCAACAUAACCUGGGUGCCGGAGAGCGAGCACGCUACUGACCCCUUCAGUCAGAGUUAUUCCAGCACAGUUCUGCUGGUUUUAUCCAUUGCUGGGAUGGUGUUGAUCAUGCUGGUUUCCCUCAUGUUAAUGACGAAAUGUAGGCAUGCUGUCCAAAAAUGUGGCUUCCUGUGGAGGUUGAGGGUGAUGCUCUCCAGUGUGCCAGAGGAGCCUGUCAUGUUGGUGAACGAGUAUAACCGAGAUGAAGGGUCCCCCAUUGAUCUCUCCACGAAGGAGCUGCAUCAGAUCUUGAGUAGGGGGCACUAUGCCGACGUUUGGAAGGGGACCCUAAAUGGAGUGGCCGUGGCAUUCAAGAUAUACCCCCCGGCGUAUGGCAACCUCUACAGGAACGAGAAGGAGGUGUACAGCCUUCCCAUGAUGGAGCAUGGUAACGUCGCGCUGUUCUUGGGGGCUGGGGAGUGGACGCAGAAGGGACACUACUUUCUGCUGCUGGAGCUGGCCCAACAUGGCUCCCUGAAGUCUUUCCUGUCUCUGAACACAAACAACUGGGAAGCCACCCUCAAGCUAGGCUUCUCCCUGGCUCAGGGCCUCACCUUCCUGCAUGAAGAAAUCCUCAAAGAUGGACUUCACAAGCCCGCCAUUGUGCACCGGGACCUAAGUAGUAAUAACGUGUUGGUGAAGGCGGACGGUACCUGUGUCCUGUGUGACUUUGGCAGCUCCACCAUCCUGCAUACCCCUUUUGCCCUUGGGGCACAGCAGCAGAAUUCUGAUGUGCAUGCUCAGGUGGGGACUCUGCGCUACAUGGCACCUGAGGUCCUGGAUGGCCACCUGAAUUUGCGGAACCGCAGCGAGCUGAAGCAAGCCGACGUCUACGCCCUGGGCCUGCUGCUGUGGGAGAUUGCCAUGCGCUGUACCGACCUCUUCCCAGGAGCCCGGGUCCCGGAGUACCGCCUGCCCUACGAGGCUGAACUAGGCCUGAGCCCCACCCUGGAAGACUUCCGCCAGCUAGUGUACGAGAAGAGAGAACGUCCCUUUGUGCCACAGCUGUGGAAACGCUCCACCCAGUUCUGUUUCAGCCUGGAGGAGAUUCUCGGCGACUGCUGGGACCACGAUGCGGAAGCCAGGUCCAGUGCCCCCUGCACCGCGGACCGACUGAGCACCCUGCAGGCCAUGAGCAGCGCGUACUGGAGAUAAAUCGGCGGCCGUGGCUUCCUGGAAGAGCCCGUCAUUCCUAACUGGGUGUUUUAAGAAGUGUUGUUUUUUUUUUUUAGCUGAUUUUAUAACCCCUACCCCCUCUGACCAUAACCAUGCUAAAAUAGUAUGAGAAUGCUAUAAAGACUUUUGCAUUGCUGGCCGUCUUUAGGUGAACAAAGUCAUGUGAUUGGGGUGGGGUGGAGAAACACUUGCCAUGUGACUUUCCUCCUGCCUAGCCUUCACUAGCAACAGUCACUCUCACACUUCUGUCUGCCCCUCAUCCUCUCUGGUCCCUCAAUUGCUCCUUCUUCUCUCUUUUCCCUUCCUGCCCCUUCUGCUGUACGUUCUCCUCCUGCUGUUAGAUGAGUGGUGGGCACCAGGGGCCACACGCAGCUUGCGAGCCCCCCCACCCCCCGGGCACACAAGGUGGCCCACGAGGAAUUCCUAAAACAUUUUUCGUCACGUGAGCUUUUGAAAGCCAUUUGCUCACAAGAGGCGUAAAUGCGCUCUUGCGGUUCGUUCUGUCGCUGCAGGCGUGCUGUGGCCCCUGGGGCCGCUCGAGAGCCACAGCCGCGGCCCUUUCCUCACGAUUGAACCUGCCCUCCAUGGCUUUCCCCUUCGCUGGCUCUUCAUCCCUCUUUCUGCCUCGGUUCGGGUUGCUUUUGUCCCUUACUACAGAGUCUAACGCAGAACCUUGUCGUUUUUAUAUUUGUGAUUUUUUUUUUUUGCUCAUUGUAUUUAUGGUCUUGUCUCGGCCGUUUUCAUUUUGUUAAAGCCAGCUUUUGUGCCCUUUGUAUAUUGCCUUUCGCCGAUUAGAACUUCAACUCUGUCCCCUUGGACGGA